CUCUACCUUGCGCUUGCUCAUCCUUUUUUUUUCUGGAUCUGCAGAUGCCUAAAUCCGAAAUAUUGUACAUUUACGACAAUGACUGUUUAUAACUAAUUUUUUUUAUCUGCUUCCAAUGGUCUCGGAAGAGCGACAAGCUUUAAUACACAAUGAUGAAUUACUGAGAGUAACAGAUCCUGAAUUUAAUGGAGUUAAUGCUUCUGGAUCGGAACAAUGUGAGUCCUCGCCACGAAACCAAAAUGAAACUUCUGUCAAAUCGGAAGACUUAACAACAGUAUGUGAAACAUUUUGGAAUAUUUGCAAUACUAUUCAAGGUCUUCCUAUUCUUGCAAUACCAUAUACGUUUAAAUCAGGAGGUUGGUGGUCUCUUCUGACACUUGUGAUUGUUGCUGCUGCUUCAAAUUAUACAAGCAUUAUACUUGUUAGGAGUUUAUACGAAAUACGAGAUGGAGUAAAAGUUCGCGUAAGAAGUAGUUACAUGGAUAUAGGAGAAGCAUUCUGGGAAAAAGGUGGGAGACUUAUGGUGAUGAUUAUUAUGGUGAUUGAAUUAGUUUUUGUUGCCACUAUGUAUCCCAUUUUAGUUGGUGCAAUGUUUAACAAAUCAUUUCCAGAUAUAAGUUUGCCUAUUUGGGCUUGGACAAUGAUAGGAGGAAUAGCAUUGUUACCAAAUACUCUUUUAAAAAAUUUAUCUCAAGUAGCCUGGACUAGUAUAUUAACUGUUUCCAGUGCCAUUAUUAUAUUUGUUAGCAUAGUAGCAUAUAGCAUAGCUAGGUCGAGUGAAUGGCAAGUUUCUAACAUGAACAAUUUUGAACCAAACGAGUUCCCUGCAGCACUUGGCAUUCUUGUUGCUUGUUACUUAGCCCAACCGUUUGUUCCUUUCAUUGAAUCAACAAUGAAAAGACCAGAAAAAUUUGAAUCAACUCUAAAUUAUGCUUUUAUAGCAAUGUCUAUUAUGAGCGUUUUGGUGGGAAUUUUUGCAGAUUUAACAUUUUAUCCUGACACAGACGAAGUAGUAACAAAUAAUUUACCAGUUGGUGCUGUACGCCAAAUUGUAAACGCAAUGGCUGCUAUUUUAGCUUUUACUUCUUACACUUUGCCGAUGUUUACAAGCUUUGAUAUUAUUGAAAAAUCUAACUUUCCGUGUUUUCCAGCAGAUUUUGGUAAUAAUGUGUAUAGUCUACCAGUUCAAAUGAUGAGACUACUAUUAGUAUUAGCUACGAUAUUUAUGGCUGCAUUUAUUCCACGGUUCACAUACUUACUUGCAUUUAUUGGUAGUAUUACUGGCAUUGCAUUGGAGUUUAUUUUCCCAGCUCUAUUUCAUAUGAAAAUUUACUGUAUGCACCUUAGGUGGUAUGAGUUUGGGAUUGACAUACUUAUUGUAUUUAUCGGAACUCUCACAAUGACAAUAAGUUUAAUAGUGUCGUGGAUAUCUUUAUACAAUUGUUUUGCCUUUCAAAACUGUUGAAAGAAGUGUAUAUAUUAUAAAUAGAUUUAGUUUUAUAUAGAAAUAGAUUAUAUUUUUUAUUUA